GUUUACGACCCGAGACUAGAACGCGCCUUGCUGCACAUUCUAUCUAUUUUCGUAAUUUUUUGGUGAUUUCUCUGGCAAAAAAUGGAGGACAGCAAGGAGGACAAAGAGGAAGGAAAGAAGUUGGUGCACGCAAAAACCACUUACGACAUGCAGAGGAUCCGAUUAGAGAGGCUUAUGCAGAACCCAGACAAACCGAUUAUCAUUCCUGAGCGGCCAAAGGAAAGGUCAAUGCCUGAAGCUCCUGAUUUUGUCCGUAAUGUUAUGGGUUCAAGUGCCGGAGCUGGCAGUGGUGAGUUUCACGUGUACAGACACUUGAGGAGAAAAGAAUAUGCAAGGCAAAGGGCUAUUACUGAAAAAGCGAGGCGGGAACAAAUGGAUGAUGAUUACCAAAAGAAACUAGAUGAUAAUAAAAAGAAAUCAGAGGAGAAAACUGCCAAGAAAAGAGCUAAACGGAUGAAGAAAAAGGCCAACCUGAAGAAUAAGAAGACAAAGCCAGAUAACGGAAAGGAAAGUGAAAAAAGUGAUUCGGAUUCAGGCAGUGAACCUGAGAACAGUGCAAGUGACAAAGAUGAACAGAAGGACAAGGAAUGAAAAUGAGCACUAAAAUUAAAUUCUUGUGUCAUUUUAAGGCAAA